AUGGCUCGCCCAGACGCUGCUUCAUUUCUUGCGCCGGCCUUCAGCAUCGUUUCAUCCUCUGAAUAUUCUCCUCAUCAAUCUUUACUCGCACGCUCUGAAUCGUCAUCAAUCCUGGCUGUAAAUCGCAGCAGCAAUCUUAAUCCGUCGGGCCCCUCUGACAGGAUUCAGCAACCCGACCGACCAAAACGAAAGCACUCGCCAUCUUUCUCGUCCAGCAAGCAGGAUUCGCUGAGGAGACCACGUCCUCCGCCCUUGUCAUCGAAGUCUAGCAGUCUGAUCCCGACCGUCUUCAUCGAGCCUGCUCCUGCCGACCCUUGGUCAACGAGAUCAUUGACCAUGUCUUCACCUGCGUCCAACACCCAUCCUCAACAGUCCCCCGCUGCGGAUUUGUUGCGUCAGGCAAUGAUGCAAAAGUAA